AUGGCAACCUCCACGCGCCUGGGACCUGAAACAGACAUCAACCGUCGCACCUCCCUCGGCUUCCUUCGUCGUUCUAAAUCCACCGAACCCCUAGGCGACAAAGCUCGCAAGAAGAUGUCUAAAACCCAAGCCAUGGAAGAUGAGAUGCGUCGUCAGCGCGAGUCUUAUGCCCCUAAGGUCCCUCCCCGCUUGCCUGAUCUUUCCCCCGCCCCGCAACUGGAAACUUUUGGAGGUGAGGAACGCGAUAAGGUCGCAGCCCGAACACGCCAGCCUGAAGCCCCCGCGCCAUCUAUGGCUGCGCCAACAAACACCGUGGAUCCCUAUGCGCGCUCUGAGAGCAUGACCCACCGUGGUCGGUACAGCUAUGCUAGCAGUGCUGUCAGCACCGUCAACAGCCCCCGUCGUGUGCGCCGUCGCAAGGACCCUACCCCAUACAAUGUGCUUGUCAUCGGCGCUCGUAACUCGGGGAAAACCUCAUUCCUCAACUUCCUCCGCAGUGCCCUGACCAUGCCCGCACACAAGCACCCCUCACGCACUCCUGAGGAGGUCGAAGAGCUUGAGCGGCAAACCUCAGCCUGGGAAGGAUUCACGUCGCAAUACCUGGAAACGGAGUUCGACGGAGAACGUGUCGGACUUACCCUGUGGGACUCUGUAGGCCUGGAGCGGAACAUCGCAGAUCUUCAGCUGCGCGGCGUGACAGGCUUCCUGGAAAGCAAGUUUGAGGAGACCCUCGCCGAGGAGAUGAAGGUUGUCCGGUCUCCCGGUAUUCGUGAUACCCACAUUCACUGCACUUUCCUACUUCUGGAUCCUGUGCGUCUUGAUGAGAACAUCGCCAUGGCGGAGCGUGCUGCCAAUGGCACGUCCAAGCCCACCGAUGCGCCUGUCAUUGGGAUUCUGGACAAGAAAUUGGAUAUCCAGGUGUUGCGCACCGUGUUGGGCAAGACCACUGUGGUGCCGGUGAUCAGCAAGGCGGAUACGAUUACCUCCGCCCACAUGAGCUAUCUCCGCAAGGCGGUCUGGAACAGCUUGAAGCAGGCCAAUAUCGACCCCCUUGAGAUCUUGACAUUGGAGGACCAGGAAGAUGAAUACUCGUCGUCGGAAAGUGCGGAUGAAGAAGAGCCUGAGACCAAAACCGAGACUGAGAAUGGAGCCAGCGAAGCCAAGGAGUCUGAGACCGCAGCCGAAAAUGUCCCCGGCUCGCCGUCGCAGCGCAGCCAGAGCACUCGCCGGUCCAACGCGUCGCAGGCCACCAACCAGCACGUUCCCUUCUCGAUUCUGUCGCCGGAUCCCCACUCGCUGGCAGCUGGCGACAAACCCGUCGGUCGCCGAUUCCCCUGGGGUUUCGCAGAUCCAUAUGAUGCCGAGCACUGUGACUUUGUCCGCUUGAAGGACUCCGUCUUUUCCGAUUGGCGCUCCGAGCUGCGGGAGGCCAGUCGCGUGGUCUGGUAUGAGCGCUGGAGAACCAACCGUCUCAACCGCAACGGACAGACGACGCAGUCCCAGAAGCAAAACUACGGUGGUCGUCAGGGACCCUACGAUGGCCGUCGCAAGCGAUAA